AUGAGAGACCUUGAAGCAAGCAUCCCCCUUAUUAAACUCUGCUUCAAUGUCUUCAUCAUCAUCAUCAUCACCUUCCUGUACUACGCAGAAAGCUCCUCGGGAGUAUACUCGCGACAUUGGUUGAAGUGCAACCAAGCAGCGUGGAAGUUAAUUUGGAUCUGGCUUCUGCUUCAAACAGUGAUUUUACUGGAGGCCAUCGGGAACUGCCCGACAAAUGUGACUCGCAUAGCGAGCACGAAAUGCCCACCGCCCUGGAUGACCUGGGGUGACCACUGUUACUUGAGCAUCAGUCGACCCGUGACCGACUUUUACUAUUCCGGUCUGCGCUGCCGAGACCUCUCUAAACCUUGGAGGGCCUACCUGGCUUCGGUUACCAGCGAGGAAGAAUACGACUUCAUGUGGUCAUACGCGAGUGCCGCCGGGAACCAAUUCUUCUGGAUUGGAUACCGGUACAACAAUGGUUUCUUCUGGACGGAUGGUACCGCAAACACCGAUGUUAGUUUUGCGAGCUGGGUGGAUGGGGACCCAGACCAAGGUCUUCGCGAUAGGAAGAGCUUUGACGAUGCUGAAAACCACUGCCGAGAUCUCUCUAACUCUGGAAGACCAGCUCAUCUGGCAUCGGUUACCAGCGCGGAAGAGAACCGGUUCAUAAAUGAAUAUGCAACUGCUUCGCAGAUCAACUCAGGCGGUUUCUGGAUUGGAUACAAGUACGAAGGGGGCUUCAGCUGGACGGAUGGUACUGCAGACACCGGGUUCUCAAACUGGGUUGCCGGGGCCCCCGACCAUGGCCUUGGCACUGGGAGGAAUUGUACAGUCGUAAAAGUAGAUGGAAGAUGCAGGAGCAUCGAAAGAAACACGGGGUGUCCAUAUCCUUGGCGAGCAUGGGGAGACGACUGCUACUUAAGUGUCAGUCACAUUGCGCCUAAUUUUUACCACGCUGAGGACCACUGCCAAAGUCUCUCUAACCCUGGAAGACCGGCUCAUCUGGCAUCAGUUACCAGCGAUGAGGAGAACCAGUUCAUAUAUGCCGAUGCGACAGCUUCGGGGAUCAACACAGGUUUCUGGAUUGGAUACAGGAACGACGGGGGCUUCAGCUGGACGGAUGACCACUGCUACUUGAGUGUCAGUCACCUUGCGGAUAAUUUUUACCACGCUGAGGACCACUGCCAAGGUCUAUCCAAACCUGGAAGACCAGCUCAUCUGGCAUCAGUUACCAGCGAUGGGGAGAACCAGUUCAUAUAUGCCUACGCAACAGCUUCGGGGAUCAAGACCGACAGUUUCUGGAUUGGCUACAGGUACGACGGGGGCUUCAGCUGGACGGAUGGUACUGCAGACACCGGAUUCUCAAACUGGGUUGCCGGAGCAGCCGACCAUGGCCUUGCCACUGGGAGAAGAUGUGUCAACACAGUCCUAAAAGUAGAUGGAAGAUGCAGGAGCAUCGAAAGAAACACGGGGUGUCCAUAUCCUUGGCGAGCAUGGGGAGACCACUGCUACUUGAGUGUCAGUCUUAAGAAUAAUUUCAACCAGGCUGAGAACCACUGCCAAAGUCUCUCCAACCCUGGAAGACUGGCUCAUCUGGCAUCGGUUACCAGCGAUGAGGAGAACCAGUUCAUAUAUGCCUACGCGAAAGCUUCGGGGGUCUCAGGUUUCUGGAUUGGAUACAGUUACAGCGGGGGCUUCAGCUGGACCGAUGGUUCUAGCACCGGGUUUUCGAGCUGGCACGAUGGGCACCCAAAUACAGGCGUUAGCAACGGGUGGAAUUGCGUCAUCGUGUAUGACAUACCCUGGAGCCUUCAGUGGUGUACAAACCCGCGUAAUUCCGUCUGCAAGAUGGCGCGGAUCGCUUAG